CAAUUAAGAGCGUAGACUAACGCUAACAUACCUAGAGCAUUUAUUUAAUGACUACAGCAUUAAUCAUGACUGAUAAACACCUUGGAUUUUGGAUUUCUUUUACCGUUACCUCUCCUCCAUCAUUCGUUACGGCACUGAGCGUGGAUUACUCCGGGUCAAAAGGGACGCGCGGCGACACAACAAUAACUACUUUGCUCAAUAGUGCCUUUGUGAAGCGGUGUAAUAGCGAUCCACGAGACGACGGAAAAGAUAAUGUCUUGCUGCACCGGUGGCAAGAAUGAGGAACGCGCCGAGCCCAUGCGGGUGCGAGGAUGCACGGAUGUUUUCUGGCUCUGCCUCUAUAUAGCAUUCUGGUUUCUCAUGAUUUUGAUCGCAGCCUUUGCUAUAGUAUACGGCAAUCCUUUGCAGCUUAUAAAUGGAUACGACAGUUUUGGAAAUACAUGUGGCAUGAAGAAUAAUCCAAAGUUUGGUAGCAUGGAACUUUCUGGGCAGGAUACCAGUGACAAACCAUACUUAUUCUUCUUGAACAUAAGAAAUUUUACACAGUUGUUAAAAAUUUGUGUGAAACAAUGUCCUGACAGAAUCUUGUGGGACAUGAACGAUAUUUGUACAUUUUACAAAGAAACGGGAUCACAAUUAUGUCACGAUAGACCGGGCGGUGAUUUUAGCGCGUGUAACGGCGAGAGUAGCAGAUUCAAGAACGGAUCUUGCCCCAAGCCACCAAUUUAUCCUAGUACGCCCGUUUUAAAUCGCUGUAUUCCUAAGGCAGUCCAGAAUGUGAGCGAAACGAUAAUUUCAAAUUUAUAUGGCUUAAUCAAUUCGUGGGAUGUUAUCAAACAAGUUUUGGGAGACCUAUAUAAAACUUGGAAGCAAAUUUUAGCAUUAUCUUUUCUCGCUUGUGUUUUAUCGCUCCUUACAAUAUCCAUCUUUCAUUUAUUGGCAAGUAUUGUAACAUGGAUUAUAAUUGUGCUUGUAACCAUUGCUUGCACAGGUGGCACAAUUCUUUUAUGGAUGACAUAUGUUGAUAUAAAGAAAACUUUGGACAAAACUGACUCAAAUGAACUUCUUGAAGAAUCCAUUCAAAAUGAAAGGGCGUUUCUCGCAUUUUCCAUUAUUGCUACUAUUAUCACUAUUAUAUUAUUAUUUCUUUCAUUCAUACUACGCAAACGCAUCAGCUUUAUGGCGGCACUAUUCAAAGAGAGCGCGAAAUGCUUGAAAGAAAUACCUGGCUUAUUUUUCGUACCAGUUUUAACAUUUAUAAGUUUAAUCAUGUUUUUUGCCUUUUGGGUAUUUAUAAUUCUUUGUCUUGCAACGGCCAAUUACCCUAAGACAAAACCAGUACAAAUGUACGAAAAUAAUAUAUUUGAUCUUUUGAAGUUAAGUUCAGUUAAUGAAAAUGCUUCACUAAUCGAGGAGAAAAAGAUAGAUUUUUCUCUGGAAACUUUCAAAACAUUUACUCUUGUGGAAUAUGUUGACGCAACUUGGGUAAAAUACAUGUGGUGGGUGUAUCUUAUUGGGUUGAUAUGGACAUCGGAAUUUAUUGUUGCAUGUCAAGCUAUGAUUAUAUCAGGUUCUGUCGCCCAUUGGUAUUUUAGAAGUAAAAAUGCCAGAAAAUCUCCAGUGUGUUUAUCCAUAGGACAUUUGAUCUGCUAUCAUUUAGGCUCUGUAGCAUGUGGGUCAUUUUUGAUAACCAUUUUUAAAUUACCCAGAUUAAUUUUGACAUAUCUACAUACCAAAUUUGAAAAGACUAAGGAAACAUCUCCAUGCUCUCAAUGUGGUUUGAAAUGUUGCAUUUGCUGUUUCUACUGUUUAGAAAAAUUUAUUCAAUAUAUGAAUCAUAAUGCGUACACUGUAGUUGCUAUAGAGGGUACCCACUUUUGUGAUGCAGCCAAAACAGCCUUUACAACACUUGUCAGUAAUGCUCUGCAAAUAGCAGUGAUCAAUGGAUUUGGCGAUUUUAUAUUGUUCUUGGGAAAGUGUUUCGUUACGGCCGCAACCGGGAGCAUCGCAUUGCUCUUGAUGAGACAAGAUCCCAAGCUACAUUUUUAUGCUAUUCCAAUCCUUAUUGUUUGUGUUUUUUCAUUCUUCAUCGCUCAUUGUAUAAUUUCUCUUUAUGAGACUGUCAUUGACACGCUAUUCUUAUGUGUAUGCGAGGAUAAAAACUUGAAUGGUGAGAAUGGAAAAUGGCGCCAAUCCGCAUUAGCACAAAUCGGAGCCUCUAGCAGUAACGCAAAUUGCCAACAACCCCAAGAAAUGACACCGAUAAACGAAUAAGUAUUUGAUAAUUUGUAUGCAUAUUUUUUAUACACAUCUUUUUGUACGCACAUAUCUUUUCUAUAUUGUUAAAAUACUUAUUUUUGUGCAUUUUAUCACUUUGCAUAAGACUAAUAAGAGUACAUUCCUUUCAAUUUUCAUAUCUGUAUCGUUAUACAAAUAAUCGUAUUGUUAUACAAAUAUUCGUAUCGUUAUACAAAUAUCCGUAUCGUUAUACAAAUAACUUUACAAAAAUCGAUGACGAGAAUUGCAAUGUGUUUAAAGAUGCCUAUCAUGUGAAAAUAUAAUUAAUCAUUUUCUAAUUUUAUUUUUUUAUUUUUAAUAUACCAGGAAACAUAAGUGAACACUACAUCAAUGCUAUAUGUAACAAUAUACAUAUAAUUAUCUAAUCAUGUAAUUUUAUAAUAUUAUAAUUUCUCUUUUGAUAUUAAUGUUCAUCUCUUAAGAUUAUAAAUCUUCUUGUGUGAUAUAUCAUUACCAGAUUUUAUAUUUCAGACUGAAUUAUUGUUGAACUUUUCUUUAUCAUAAGAAAGAUAUUUAGACAAUUUUGAUUGACACACAAGAAUCUCGAUCUCGCAGUUUGAUAACGCAAAUGAUUAUAAUAUUGAAAUGAAAUAUAAAACGGGGAACAAUAUGGACAAUUAAUUAUCCAGACAUAUAAUCUGCUUGUACUCAACACCAGCUCUUUAUUUAACUGCCAAAUUUUAAAUAUAUUUGAUAAUUUUUAUCAGAAUCAUUGAGAGAAAGAUUAGAAUAUCUUGUUUUAUAAAAAGCUUCCCCUUCUAUAAGCCUUCUAUAAGCAUAUUUUAUUCAAUACUAAAUAUAUAAAUAACAAAUAUAGUACUAAAUAUAUAAAUAACACAUACAAAAAAUGUAAAUUUAAUUUAUAUCUUUUCUAAGCAUGUAAUACUAUGUCAUCAAAGUGUCAUUGCACAAAUUAAAAAUUGUUGAAUUAUGUUUCAUAGAAACAUUUGUAAUAAGAUGAUAUUUAUACUGAUCUUAAAUAUAUAUUAAAAGCGAAUGAAAGAAUCAUUGUUAUAAAACAAAUAUGUGAUUAUUGUUUAUAAAAAAUAUGCAUUAUAAUGCAGCAAAGUGCAAUUAUUUGUAAUUCAAAAAAUCUCUUAUAUGGAGUAUAUUUCUUAUACAGAUAUAUCUGGAGCAUUUAUCAUAAUGAUAAAAAACUGCUGUUUUUUGCAAAUGGAAAAUCUAUUUUUUAAACUUUACAUAUUUCUCUUUCAUUUCUUCCAUCAAAAAAGAAAGUAAUACAGAAUUAUAACUUCAGUUUAUAUUUAGAUAAUAAGGAUAUUAGGUCUCUACAUUUAAAGUAUUCUAGAUAAUUAUAAGAAUUUGUAUUGAUAAGUUCGCUAAUUAGUACAAAGUAUUAUCAAGCACUUUGAUUUAACAUGCUUUAAAUAAUCAACGAGUAUUAUUAUAUUAAUAUGUUAUAUAUCACGGUUAUAUUAAGCAGCUAUAUUAUACUGAAAAACUUUAAUUUUCUUGAAUACAAAAUGUAUAUUCAUGAUUAAGAAAAAAUUAUUGAAAAAUUCUAUCUAUAUAUAUUGUAUUACUUAAUUAUAUAUUUAAUUUUUAGAAUUUUUUAAGAGCACAAAUAUGCACAAUGCAAUCAAUGAAAAAGUGAUUUUGUUAUAUUUACUUGAUAACAGUAUAUGUGGAUGAUAUACUAUAAGAUUGUUUUUAAUUGUUCUUCAUAAAUAU